AUGUAUUACGACGAUAUCAACGGCCAUGGCGGCGACGAGACACCUGAAGUACACCAGUUCGGCAACGGCGUGUACGAAAUCGCUCAUGGGAUCGCGGAGCGGGAGCUGUUCACGCAGUUCAUGACGAGCCUUGAAGUCGCCGACACCAUGGAGGACUUUGUCCGGGACCUCGAGGACAACUACGACGGCGGCGCCUGGCCCCCGCCGGUCGACUGGCAGGCGGCCAUCAGGCUGCUGGCCGAGGACCAGAGCUCGGAGGAGAUCCGCAACAUGCAGAUCCACCACCUCGUCGAUGCGGCCCGCAACAUCGUGUUCGGCCAUUCCCGGGGCUCGGAUAUCUGGGACUGGCGAGAGUGGUACAACAACGUGAACCAGGCCGAGCUCUGGGACAUCGUCGUCGCCGCUAUCCACCUGUUCUACAAUGCGCAUUUCAGCCCCGAGAAUAUCUGCCCCGUGUGGACCUCGGACCUUGAGGACGAGUACACCCACUGGAUGCCCUCUGAAGAUGACGAGGACGAGGACGAGGACGAUGAUGAUGAUGAUGACGAUGAUGACGAUGAUGUCGAUGACGAUGACGAUGAGAUCUUGCCGCAGCCGUCACUACAUUAUCUCGAUCCGAAUUUCUGACGGCUUGCUGACAGCCGCCUUCUUGGUUGACAGCAGCUAAUUAGUCCCGUUAGUGGAGGGUUUGGCUGGAAUACUGUAUGAGUUGAGGAUUUUAGAACUCCGACCGCCAGCUGCAGGAAUUUCAUUGUAAU